ACUAGUCGAACGAGUGAGUGAGCUAGUGAGCAGAAGAGGGAAAAAGUAUCAAUAACAAAAACAAUUAUCAAUGAAAAUUAACGACUACGCAUAUUAAAGUGCAAUGAUUUGACUGUGAUGGCAAACAGUUCCAGCUCCGAUGAAAGCUCCAAAGCACCUGAAAACUUUCAAUUAUCCAGCGUCUCUGAAAACGAUGACGACGAAGAUGUGGUCGAUGUCUGUGAUGUUGGCGUUGUAGGCUACAAUAAUAAUGCCACAACAAAGAAACAACCAAAAAACGUAAAUACAGCACUAGCAGCUACAACAGCAGCAACAGUAAAUACAACAACAACAGCAGCAGCUGGAUUGCGAUGCCCGCUAUGUUGCAAGCAUCAGCGUCGGCUGCAUUGUCGAACGUGUGUUAAAAAUGGCAACAUUACUCAUAGCUCUGCUGAGCGAACGGAAAGCCUAACGGAGAAGCAACAGAAGUACAUCAAUCUGCAGGCGGGCCUGAAGAGUUACAGCAGUCGCUACGAACAUCUCAUCCAGCAGCACAAAUGCAACGAGAAUCGCAUGAUUGCCAUACGCGCCAAGCGGGAGCAGCUGCAGCUGCUGCAACAGCUGAUCGGCAGCACAACGCAGCGACUGCAGCGUUUGAACGAACAGCGCGAUGAACUGCGUCAGGCGAAUGCUGAGAAGCGCAAGAAUCUGCCCAAGUAUCCGACAAAAGUGAAGAUGCUUGAGGACUAUGUGAUCGAUCGCUCAAUGCGCAUCGAUAAGCUGCGGCAACAACAUCUCGGGCUGCUGGAUAGCAUUAAGCAGACGGCACGUCGAGACAUACAGCAGCUUGUCACCUACAUAUUCCCCAUCAGCGAGGUUGUACUCCGUGAUGAACAGCAACGCAAAGUGUGUGCCGAACGCAGCGAGGAGGCGGAAACAAUUGCAGCACUGGCGGAUGCCAAGAACACAUCGUAUAUUCGAGGCAAGUGGGUGUUUCAUGGCAGCGGCAUCAGUGAGGUGCAGUAUCGCAUUGUGGGUCCAUCGUUGCCUGCCAACGGGGAUUACUCGGCUUAUCUGGACUGGUUGUCCGACAACAAAGACGAUGUGCCUAAGGCGACGGCCAAUGAGAUUACCCCAAGUCGCUUUGAGGCCUAUCGCAUCGUUGGUGCUCUCACCUAUACGGCCCAAUUGACGCAGCUGCUCAGCUUCUAUUUGAAUGUGCGACUCCCACAUAAGCUGGCCUAUGGUGACUUCUGUCGCAAGCUGCUCAACGAGGAGCAAUUUCUGCGCAAAGUGUGUCGCGUCAACAACAAUAUCAUGUAUCUGGCCUACACACAGCAGGUGAAGUUGCGUGCGUUGAAUGAGCAGCAUACGCUGGAGAAUAUAUUGGCCAUAUUGGAUUUGGAGCGCAGUGAUUUGGGGCGUUAUGGCCAUUUGGAUGUGAACAAUGCGCCGUUGAUGAAAUCGGUGGAUUCGCUGCUCAUUGGGAUUGAGACGGCCACCGAAUCGGAGUCAGAGGAUGAGAGUUCGCUGCGUUUGGACUGGGAGGCGGUGCCGAGUGUGAACAGCAGCGCAACGCAGCAGCCGGAGGAGUUGCAAGAGUCCCAUUUAAUACCUGCGGUGGCACAACAGUCCACCAUUGCGAUGGCCGCCAAUCGCAUCACCUCAAUGCUGCGCUGGAUCAAGUAAACACUAAUGUACACAUUACUUUUCAUACCUGUCUCUUCACACUUUUAACAUAUUAAAUUUUAACAAAACAAAUUAAGUUUAAGUUGAGAGAGAAAGUUUCCAAUCACAAUAUACUUAUCAUCUUCAAGUAGAAA